GUAUAUUUUGUGCUCGCAGAUCUCUUCUCAUAUCUCAUUUUUCCUGUGAAGAAGAUAUGGGGAAGCCGACUAAACCCAGAAAACCUGAGAACUUGGGCAAGGGGAAGGUCACUCCGGUCCAGGUCGCCUUCAUUGUCGACCGAUAUCUCUCCGACAACAGCUACUUCCAGACUCGCUCCACUUUCAGGAACGAAGCUUCCAACCUCAUUUCCAAAUCUUCGGUUCAGGAGGCGCCCAAGAGUUUGUUGAGUUUGGGGGCGAUGCUGGACGAGUACAUUUCUUUGAAGGAGCAGAAGGUGAUGCUGGAACGAGAGAAGAUCCGUUUGGAUCAGGAGAAAUUUCGUGUCCAGACGCUGUUGCAGGGUAUGCAAGACGCUAUGAACGCUUAUAACGCUGGAGGAAGUACUCCCAACUCCAUGAUUCCGGCUUUGGGGACAAAAUCAACAGCUGUUGUUCAUCAUUUAGAUCCAAAUGUUGGGCCUUUCUCAGGUUAUCAUGCAUACAACUCCCCCGUUGUGACGCCCUUACCAAUGCCCUCGAACGCUAUAGUGGAGCCUGCAAAUUUCUCUACACCAGUCACAAAUCACCUAUCUGCCAAAAAGAGGAAGGACGUAAAGGCUGUUCCUGAUGCACCUCCACCUACUAAGAGGUCUCGUGGUAAAUUACCCACCAAGCCGUUGCCAACCAAAGGUAACGAUACAUUGUCUCAAUCAAUUGAUGCUGUUAAUGGUCCAGAAAAUAUUAAGCAAUUUUCAGCUGCUUGUUCUUCACCCCACAACCGUUUGCUGGGUGGGUCAGUGGUUCAAGGAUCCAGUGUUGCUAAGAAUUUGUUCAGUCAGCCCUCUCUAUCUCCUGUAGCAAAUUCAUCUGGUCCUAAAACACCUCCGCAAGCAAUUUCCUCCCAAAAUGAUAAAGCCAUCUCUCCACUGGAGAUUUCUUCGACUGCAAACUCCAGCAAGAAUAAUACCCCCCAAGUAAUCACACCGGCUAACUGCACUAUAAUUUCUUCAGAGACAGUUAUUGUGAGCCCUUUCAAACAGAAAGCUUACUACGUGGAGAGAAACCAGUGCAUUUCUUCUUGCUCACCAAUCAAGACAAACUUGAAGAAGAUGAGCAAGAGGGAUCAUGUAAAGGGAAGGCUAGAUUUUGAUGAUUCUGAUCUGCCAACAACCUCAGGGAAACCAAUUGCUGAUGGGAUUUCAACAUCUGAAUCCAAAAGUGAAGAAGAGAUUUUUGACAUGGAUUUGCCUAAUUUUGAUGCUUUUGGCAUGGAUUUCUCCAUCUCUGAGCUAUUAGUUGAUUUUGAUCUUGACUGUGAAGGAAUUAAUUAUUCUUGCCAGCCUGCCUUGGGUUCUUCUAUAGACUCUGGUUCAGGGACACCUCAAGAAUUACAGAAUGGUGAUUUGGGAGCUAGUCAAGGUUUCUCUGAGCUUUCAUCAACUGUGACAAAAAUUUAUUCAGAGGACAUGAAUAUCCAAGGCCCAGAUUCUCUUACAUCUCUAAAGACCAUAACCAAAUGCAUAAGGAUAGUAAGCCCUGCAAAAGAUCAUCGAAGCUUUUCUGUAGGUCAGGAGAAUUUGUCUGCAAGAAACUGACUGGCUUAACAACACGACUGUCUUUAGGCUAAUCUGUUACCAGAGUGCUGCUUACCAGAAAAGAUAUUCAGUUAUGUUGAAUAUCAACAGAAUUGCCAAUAAAAUUCCAUUUAGCAAGCAGUAGAAUUUUCACUUAAAUCCUUAGAUUUACCUGCUUUUUUUUAUUUUUUUUUUUAUCUAUGUAGUUUUUAUAUCUAAUAUGCUGGCAAACCCAUAUUUAAAGGUUUGCAAAAAUGUAAUUGUUACUCCAGGCAUGCUGAUCUAAUGAGUUGAUUCUGUUGAAUACAUAAAUUCUUUAUAAAAGCUGA